AGCACGGUCAUUGACUCACGGUGGAUCAUGCUGAUAUCCUUCACUUUGACUCGCUUAGGUCGGAAAAGGUCCGCAAUGGCGUUCGAGAACGACUGUCAUCCCUGGGCACUGAUGCUUCCGGCUGGUCUAAUCCUGGCACCACUUGACGACGAGAUGAUGAGAUCGGGCCGUGUUCUCCACUGUGAUGUGCGAGGAGAGUUGGUGUGAACAGUCGUACAUCAAUGCGUCCUUUGGCUCACGCCCUUUAAAGCUGCCUUCUCCUGCUUCACAACCUCAUCGUCCUUCUUUCUCGCCCGUCAAGGAGAUUACUACCAACACUCGCUCGUGGACGACUUUCGACGACAGCUUGUCAAGCCUCCUCGACUGUGCUUCUUCCUCCCAGGAUCAUCCCAGGACCAUUUCAUCUCGAGGAUAUCCGACGACUCUCGUUAGCAUAGCCGAGCUACUCCCUUCACAAUGAAGUACUCCAUCGUCGCGACUUCGGUCGCUUUGGCCGGUGUUGCCUCCGCCAGCCCAGUUGCUGCUGCCCAGGAGAAGCGUUUCUGGUGGCCAUUCGGAUAUGGUAGCCCUACCACCACCAAGGCUCCUGCCUACACUCCCCCGAGCUACCAGCCCCCCGUCUACGCUCCUCCGGUCUACGCCCCUCCCGCGUACACGACCACCUCGUCGAGCAAGACCUCCACCGUGAAGACCGAGACCUCCGCCCCCGUCUACACCGUUCCCGUCCCCGUCUACACGACCACCUCGACCCAGAAGUCCUCCGCCGUCUCGACCCCUUCCUCGGUCGAGUCGCCCACCACUCCCAAGACCACCGUCAGCGUCGCUCCCUCGACCUACAAGCCGACCAGCCCCGCUUCCUCCACCCCAAAGACCAGCAGCGCUGAGACCACCAGCAAGACCAGCAGCGUCUCUCCUUCGAUCUACAAGCCCACCAGCGUCGCUUCUUCCACCCCGAAGACCAGCUCCGUUGCUACUACUUCUUCCGUUUCUUCUGCCCCGGUGAAGCCCACCACCAGCAGCGCCGCUUCCUCGACCCCCAAGGCGAGCACCGCGGUCUCAUCCACCAAGAAGUCAUCGGUCUCAAGCACCGGCAAGACCGCCCCUCCAUACUACCGCCCUACCAAGAAGACUUCCUCGGUCAGCAAGCCCGCUUCUACUAAGUCGGUGUCGUCCGAGAGCAAGACCAGCUCUGCCGCUACCACCACCUCCGUGUCCUCUGCGCCUGUGAAGCCUACUACCGCCGUCUCGUCUGCCCCGGUUUCUAGCUCCAAGCCUACCACCAAGAAGUCAUCGGUCUCAUCUACCGGAAAGACUGCUCCCCCGUACUACCGUCCUACUAAGAAGACUUCUUCGGUCAGCAAGCCCGUUUCCACUAAGUCGGUAUCGUCCGAGAGCAAGACCAGCUCUGCCGCCACCACUAGCUCUGUCUCGUCUGCGCCCGUGAAGCCCACGACCGCCGUCUCGUCUGCCCCGGUCUCCAGCUCCAAGCCAACCACCAAGUCUGCUUCCAAGUACGUUCCCAAGUACACCACCAAGAGCAAGACUAGCUCCGCACCUGUCAAGCCGAGCUCCGCCGUCUCGUCGUCGCCUUCUUCCCCAGUGAAGCCGACCACCACCGCCGAGACCACCUCCAAGGCGACCACCACCUACAAGGCCAGCACUCCUGUUAGCACCCCCGCUAGCACUCCCGUGAAAUCGGAGACCACCACCUCGACCACCAGCAAGACCUCGGCCGUGAGCACCCCGGUCAGCACCCCAGCGUCCUCUGCUCCUGUCUACCCUACCACCACUCUUGCCACCUCCACCAAGAAGACCACCGCCCCAGUGUACACUGCCCCGGCCUACACUCCUCCUUCCUACGAGCCUCCGGCUUACACCCCCCCGGCCUACCAGCCUCCGGCCUACACUCCUCCUUCAUACAAGCCUCCGGUCUACUCCCCUCCUAAGUACACCUCGCCCUCUGGCGGCGACUUCUGGAGCUGGCUCUUCGGCAAGGGCAAGUCCGCCCCCCAGCCCAAGGGCUACUGAGCGUUACGCCCUUGAUUGAAUGCAAGGAUGAUUGUGUUAUCUAUUCUUUCCACGCGGCAUGAUGUUUGUUUCAUCAUGGCCUCCUUCUGAGGAGUCAUGAACGAUGACGAGACCGACGGCUCAAUGCGAGAUCCGGUUGACGAUUUGCUGUUUCUGCCGUUGGGGGCGGAUGUUUUUAAAACACUCGAUUGUAUGGUUCCGCGACAUAAGGUCUGCGUUGAAUCGGUUCGAUUCGUAAUACAUAAUGAGUCAUGAAAACUCGUUUUACACAUCUUCUAUCUCAUUCAAUUUGCCUCGAUGUACUUUGUCAUGCAGUAACCUUAUGGCCUUGCUUAUGCUAUGCUCGGUUUCCACCCCAUCGUACCUGGGAGCCUGACUAAUCCAAUGUCUGGGUUUUCUGAUGACCAAACAAAUGUUUGCUUUUGUCCGAUGAAACAUACAAUCUCUGUCUCCUUCCUCACCUCCAGC